AUGAAAUUACUUCUAGUGCUGUCCGCAAUUGUAGCCGUUGUUUGGGCUACGCCACAAUAUGGUGGCGGAAAUGCCAAUGCCGACGCUAACGCUGGUGCCAGAGCAUUCGGUGGACUUGGAGCAGGAGGAUUUGGUGGACCUGGUGCAGGAGGAUUUGGUGGACCUGGUGCAGGAGGAUUUGGAGGACCUGGUGCAGGAGGAUUUGGUGGACAAAACUUCGGCGGCGGCGGCGGUGGCGGCGGCCUUGGCGGAAAUCAAGGUGGUUUCGGUAGAAAUCAAGGAGGUAACGCCAAUGCCAUUGCCAGUGCAAAUGCAAACGCCGAUGGAUUCGGCGGUUCGGCAAAUGCCGUGGCUGAUGCGAGUGCGACCGCGGGUGGAUUUGGUUUCCGCAAAUAG